CCCUCAGUCCCCCCCAAAAAGCCGCCAAAGCUUUUUUUUCCCACACCCACCCACCGCUGCCACUCGACCUCGCAUAACUUAUAUAUCCAGCCGACCUCCCACACCCACCACACCCGUACUCUCUCGACUCUCUCAUCCACGCCCACUCACCACACCAUAAGCAACAUACAGCAACUCGAAUCCGUACUCACGAUACUUGAGUCCGGUUAUACACAUCGACGACUACACUCGUCGACUACUAUUGGAAAGGACAAAACAAGAGAAAGGGUUCGACCACCUCCGCAAAGCGGCCCAGCUCUGGAUUAUCAGGGCAAAUGGGCGAUCACAUGCAGCAGACACAACCGUCUCCUUUCAACUUCUCAAGUUUACUCAACCCCGAUAAGAACGACACAAUGAUGUCCGGCGAUGCCAUGGAAACUACGAGGCUUGGUCCUCUCAACGAGCUGAAGCCCAAGGGUCCUCUUCCCGGCCAGACCGCCGAGAACCCCAACGAGCUUCCUCGCCCCUACAAGUGCCCCUUGUGCGAUAAGGCCUUCCACCGCCUUGAGCACCAGACGAGACACAUCCGCACUCACACCGGAGAGAAGCCUCAUGCGUGCCAGUACCCUGGCUGCAGCAAGAAGUUCUCUCGCUCAGACGAGCUUACCCGUCAUUCGAGAAUACACAGCAACCCUAACUCAAGGAGAGGCAAGAACCAGUACAACUCUGGCCCUCAGUCACAUAUGCCCCAGGAUGGCAUGAUGGCUCCUCCUCCCGCACCCAAGACGAUUCGUUCUGCGCCUACUUCGAGCUUGUCCUCGCCCAACGUCUCGCCGCCGCAUUCCUUCUCUCAGUACGUCUUGCCCGCUCACCCGGGACACGGCAGCCCCUUUGGCCGCCAGAUGCAGGGCCAGUCCAACAUGGACAUCUCCAUUCUGGCAAAGGCGGCCAACCAGGUAGAGCGUGAGACGCUCACCGCACCGCCUUUCCACGGCUCUUCUGCCAGACAUCACCCCUACUAUUCCCACAGCCUGCACAACUCGCGCGGCCACCUUCCCUCCCUCUCAGCUUAUCACAUGUCGAGAUCGCACUCCAACGACGAGCACAACGAUGACCACUACGCUGGUUCUCGCCACGCAAAGCGAUCUCGCCCCAACUCGCCCAACUCCACGGCACCUUCCUCUCCUACCUUCUCCCACGACUCCUUGUCGCCUACUCCGGACCACACCCCCAUCGCUACACCCGCUCACUCCCCGAGACUUCGCCCCAUGGGAUAUGAGUUGCCUUCUCUCCGCAACCUUUCCCUGCAGCACGCAGCGCCUCCUGCUUUGGCUCCUCUCGAGCCUCACCUGGAGACUCCUUACCUGCCUCCUCCUCCCGCGCCUACCAGCGCCGGAACGCCCACCCGCAACGGCGCUUCUUUGGCAGACAUCAUCAGCCGGCCUGACGCUGGCAGGAAACUGCCAGUCCCCAAGAUCGGUGUUCACCAGCUUUUGGACGGAAACGACGGCUUCCAGAGCGGCAGGAGUUCCACCACUGGCAGCGUCGCCGGUGGCGACCUCAUGGAUCGGAUGUAACGGGAACGACAACCUUAAAGUGGCAUGACCUGACGACCUGGGCAAUAGACGGGAUAGAAGAACAAUGGCGUUUCCGGGUAUUUUCGAAUUGGCAGAGUUGGCCGACCACGACUUCUUUAUCUAAUCACAAAACAACGAACCAACCAAAGAAUCGAUGGGCUCCUCUUUUACAGCGGCGGCUACACUCAAUCUUAUAGACUCACUCCUAUCUCGAUGGACGAAGAACCAGAGAUUGGACGUACGACUCCCUCACCCCUCAACAACCACGAAAAGCAAAACAUUUUUCCUUGAGUGAGUGCGUGUGUGUGUGUG